UGAUUCGGGACGGACCACCAAAAUGUGUUGUUGUUCAGUCACGUUGCCGCGAUGAUCUCAAACACUCUUGUGUUGGUCAAAAAACCAAAUCGUGUACGUAAUAACAUGUCUCACUUUUUAAAUUCAACACGUGUUCCUCUACAAUUAAAUUUUUCUAUAUGUGGUGUUGGAAAAAUGGUCCUCAUCAAGCUUAUCAAUUUUCAGUUAAAUUUUUUUCAAAAAGCUCCGAUAGAUUAUCAUUUACUGUUAUGUUGUUUUUUAGCGUUUUCUGUUUAUGUCAAUACUCUCGGCGCUGGAUUUGCAUAUGACGACAAUCAAGCAAUCAUUGCUAAUGAUGAUAUACGAGCAUCGACAUCAGGGUUUAACUUGUGGUAUAAUGAUUUUUGGGGUACACCGAUGGGCACGAAAAAUUCACACGGGUCUUACAGACCAAUUACAGUUUUAACGUACAGGUUCAACUAUAGGUUCUCGGGUUUGAGACCAAUGUCAUAUCAUACGACUAACGUGGCCCUACAUAGCUUUGCAACGGGUUUAUUAUUGGUAACAGCUCGACUGAUGAUGUCUAAAAGGUCUGCCUUGCUAUCGACAUUACUUUUCGCAGUGCAUCCUAUCCACUCUGAUGCGGUAGCCUCAGUAGUCGGUCGAGCAGACAUAUUAUCAUGUGUGUUCUUCUUGAUGUCAUUUUUGUGUUACAAAGAGUUUGUACAAUCUCGAAAAAAUAAUCGAAGUAAUACGUGUGCUCAGAAAACGAAAAUUAGAUGGCCGCCAGAUAGAAGAUACUUAACAUUAACGGUAGUGUUUGCAUUGCUGUCAAUGUUAGCUAAAGAAAACGGUAUCUCAGUGAUGGCUGUGUGCAUUGGUUAUGAACUAAUGUUAAGACUAAGAUCCAUUAAAAAGCAAAAGAUUGAACAAGACAAAUCAACACUGAAAAUCUUAGUUACGUGUACCGCCCUGAUGGUCGUUGGAAGAAUGUGUAUCAUGUCCGGUACAGUGCCUACAUUUGCGACAUCCGAUAACCCAACGGCUAAGCAUCCCAACGUUUUGGCGCGCACGUUGACUUUUCUGUACCUUCCACUGGUCAACACUCAUCUUCUGCUCUUUCCGCGGGUGCUGAGUUACGAUUGGUCCAUGGACGCUGUUCCUCGAAUCGAAACUCUUUCGGACCCAAGAAACGUAGCCACACUGCUAUUCUACGUCGCUUUGGUGUCUAUCGGAUGGGUGGCGUUCAAACGGAAACCCGUUGCUGUGGCUUUGGCUAUUGCCGUCGCUUCUUAUUUGCCAGCGUCCAACUUAUUCUUCUACGUGGGUUUUGUUGUGGCCGAAAGAGUACUUUACAUACCCAGUGUCGGUUACUGUUUACUCGUCGGUUAUUCGGCCACCGUUUUGUCCAACAAGCUGAGAAGCAAAGGUUGUAAAGUGACGAACGCAAUCGUCUACGCUCUUUAUGCUUCAAUGGUACUCGGGUUUAGUGUUCGCACAAUACUCAGGAACCGAGUUUGGCACAGCGAUGAGACUCUAUACAGAUCAGGAAUUCAAGUGAAUCCGCCCAAAUCUUACGGCAAUCUCGGUUCAAUACUCAGCUCCCAGGGCAGAACGAACGAGGCAGAAAUCGCAUAUCGAUCAGCACUCAAACACCGUCCGAACAUGGCAGACGUCCAUUAUAAUUUGUUCUUAUGUGAAAUUUUUCUAGAACACUUCCAACGGGAUUACGGUAUAUCGGCGGGACAUUUUUAAUUCGCUGUGGACCGGAGUGACUUAUUUUUUAGAAAACUCGACUCGCCACCCGUUUCGGAAUAUAUUGCGACAACCGCUUUCUAAAAACGGCCGUGCAGUUAUUGAUCAGGACGUUGCUUCCUAAUAACCAACAAAUGUCGGAUGGAUUUCUUUUAUUCUUCUAUAUUGGCCGAUCAUUGCAACAGUGUCGGAUGCCACACGUCCGUAACCGCAGAUAAGUUCACCGAUUCGGAACAAAUGCCGCUGUUCGUGUAUUAGUCUACCGCCGCACCGUUUAGUUGUGAUUGAGAAAGCAAUAUGUGAAAAAGGGAAUCGUUUAUAGUCGACAGUUCAGAGCUAUCCAGAUGUCACCAAGCAAUAACCUAGGGACACGACGGACAUAAAAAAGAAGCACAUAAAAUUAGGAUCGAAUAUCGCCCCAGCCGAAUUGGCGAUCGAAUCCAACGCACGUAAUACAUACGCACACGACUUUCAGUUUCAUGUCCGUCGAAAAAACUUUUGUAAAACUUUUAAUUAAAAAAUUCUAAUAGUUUAACUCUGAAAUAUAGAAAAACUUUGCCGACUCGUAUGGUUCUAGUAAAAUUUCCAAAAAUUUAUCGGUAUUGAAAACCAUUGGAAUUACUAUAAAUUGUAAAUUGUACGUUUUCAAAUGUUUUUUCGGCCAUUUAUCGGAGAGAUAUAAUAAAAAUAACAAAACCUCGUUUUCAUAAAACGAGCGGAAAAAGUUUUUUUUUUUGUAAUAAAUUAAACAUUGGGAAAACAAGGGAAAACUUUCGAUAGUUGAGAAUAAUAACUGAAAACGCUCAUUAAUUAAUGGUCUUUGUGUUCGAAACUCGUGGAUUUUUGUAUCCAAUAUAAUUUUAAUGAGCUCUAAGAACACCGACCGAUGGCUUUCGCUAAAAUCGCUCUUAAUAAUUGAUACGACGUUAUGAAACAAAAGCGGGUCAUUCGUUUCAAAAAGAACUCGCGGUGUUCGUCUAUUUCAACAAGAGCUAAUGAAUUAGUUUUGUAUAAAUAAAAGCACAUUAAGCGUGUGCUACACACGAUACGAGUAAUAAAUUUCAGCUCUAUCGCGUUGCACGGUAUUUGCCAACACUUUGUUUUUAAUCAUCGUUAAACGAUUUCCUAUGUUAACCGGCCGUUUAAGUUAAUUCUUUGUUCGCAUAAAAUCGUGUCCGAUAAACUGUAGAUAAUUCCACGGGAACCGCCGUAACCGAAAUGCAUGUUUUAGGGUAGUAAAAAAACGGCGAAUAUAUUAUUAGAACAACGUUCUUAAUGUUGUUAAUGUGCGAGCCCUUUUACUUCGAAAACAAAAUCGGUUCGCUGUAGACGCUGAUGAUUUAAUGGCGUCCAAUAAUGUCUGCGAAAAAACCAGAGGCCAAAUGACAAUACCGAGUUGAUGAAAAGCUCGGGAUGAUUAAUUAAUUUAUGAAAGGUCGUAGUUUGCGCGCUGAAUUCGCCCACCGAACAAAUAACAAUAAAAAGUUAUUUUUCCGUUCUAUUUCAAUUUCGUGAAAAGCGUUCGUAAUGUCAAAUGUAUUGUCGGAAAACGGAGUCCGUGACCUGACAAAAGCGUCGCACCAACUGAAAAUUCGCGACCACCUCCCGACGGCUCUGUUGAUUUUCGAAUUGUCACAAACGACACAUCAUUUUCGAGUUCGGAGUACACGUUUCGCUGGCGGUGUGCAGAAGACGUGACGCGGACGACGACGGGUUUAAAAAAUGGUAAUAAAAAAGCGGGUCUCGUCGCGGGUUGGGUUUCGGUGAAAGGCGC